UUGUGAUUAAUUAUCUGCCUGAAAGUAUAUCUUAAAAGAUUCAGUGAGAUAAUGUGUGUAUUAUCCUGGACCGAGUAAUGGCGAGAGCACAAAGUUUUACAAACUUGUGUUUCGUCCGUUCCACAACGAAAUCGAAGUGUUUUUCCCUCAGAACCAUGAAAGUGAAGUAUGUGUGAAGGAAGAAUACACCAUAACGUACAUUUAUUGAAUUAACGAAAUGUAUACAGAUUGGAAAUGGCUGAGGUACAGCAUGAUAAUUCUUCUGAGUCAGAGAGCUCAGAUGUAUUAGAAGGAACACCAGUUAAAGAGGAUUACAAUAAAACAAUACUUAUGAGAUCAUUUGUUUCAAAAAAAUUUCAUGUUCAACAUGCUGUAUUGUCUGAACCUGAAAAAUCACCAUCAAGGCAGAAAGAUGAAAAAGAAUCUUCCUUAUACCACCUUUCAUGUGGGCAUGUAGAGAAAGGCAAUAAGUCAUCUUUCACAGAAAAAGAAAGCCCAUUUAAGAAGAAUGACAGCAAAUUUGGUACGUUAAGCUCAAGAUUGCCACAGGGGAAUGUGAGUUAUGGAAAGGAGACAAAGAAAUAUGGGAAGGCAUUUGUAAACCAGUCACAAGCACAUUCUAGUUCAGAAAAAGAAUCUGAUGAGGAUAGAAGUGAUAAAAGGAGGUACAGAAGAUAUGCAGUAGGGUUUACAGACUCAGACUCUUCUCAAAGUACAAAAGAUGCUGUAAUGGACACUUCAGAAGAGACAUCGCCUUCUCCAAAGUUAGUGUCAAAAAUGGGUAAACAGCGGCAAAAAAAGAAUGUAAUACUUUCAUCCGACUCUGAGGCAUCUGUGACAGAAAAGGGUGAAAGUUUAGCAGUGUCAAAUUUUCCAGAAUUACUGAAAUCUUCGUCCUUAAUGGGCAGUUAUAGGAAAAACAAAUACAUGAUAGAGUCUUCUGAUUCAGAAACUGUAGAUAUACCAGAGAGAAGUGCUACAGUACAUGAUAUAUCAAAGAGUAAAUACAGGGAGAAGGAAGAUAUAAUAGUGUCUUCUGAUUCUGAAGAAAGUGUGUUUAUUGAAAACAUAGAAAAACUCUCAGUAUCUGUUGGGUCUUCUCUUGGAAGUACCCCAGAUAAAAAUGCAGUGGACAGUGUCUCAAUAGAAGAAGUGGAGUCUGACAAUGAAAAUAGGAACUCAGUUUUGGAAUCAUCAAAUUCAGGAACAUUUCCAGUUCAGGACAAAGCCUUGAAAUUGUUAGGUCAAAAUAAUAUAAUGACACAUGAAUGUUCAGCAAAGACUGGUAAAGAAUGUGAUCAUGAAUCGAGUGAUGGUAUUCAGGAACAGACUUCAAAUGAUGGUGAGGUAGUGCGAAAAGCUAGAACCAAAAAUCAAAGCAAAACAGUUAGUCCUGAAAGUAAUGCCCAAUGCAAUGAUUCUAGUCUUCUUCUUAAGGAGUUUCCAACUGCUUAUUUAGCAGAUACAGGUGAAAAUUACGAAAACGAUUUUCAGCCUAAGGUAUCAUCAAGUCGUGAAAUAUGUGCAUCCAAACAAACAGUUCAGGUGAAGCAACAGGAAUCUCUUGAACGAAGUCUUCAGAAAGUGACGAUUUCAGAAAGAAAAAGUCUUCCUGUUCCAUCUACUGAUAUCCAGCUGCUCAUUGCUCAAAAGAAGGGACUAGAGUCUGAAAUUGCUUCAGUAACAAAGGAAACUGAAAAGUUACAGAUGAUAUUAAGAAGUACAAAUCUCGCAAACUUGCCUGAUCGUGGUACGAGACUUCAAAUGGCUCUGACUGAGAAGCAAACCAGGUUGAAGAAGUUGAAAGCACAGUGGCAGUCCUCAAAUUUUGAUGCAGUCACAGAUAAGUAUGCAGUUGACUAUGUAAGAAAACCAGACAUUAUUGAGAUCAAGGAUGAAACACCACUGCAAAGCUUACCGAAAGAUGCAGCAGGCAUGGUGCCUAGAAAAACAGCAUACUUGGGUGCAAUGCCUUCCACAGAUGGAAUGGGAAAAAGAGCUCUAGAGGCCCACAGGGCAGAAAAAGCAAUGACUGUGGAUACAUUAAAACAUCUCCAUGGGUCAUUGAAGUCUUGUCCUGGAGAAGAUGUAAUUGCUGAAGACCCAAAAGCUCUACGAUCCAGUGUUGAAUUAAUGCCACACCAAAAACAAGCAUUGGCAUGGCUCAUAUGGAGAGAAAGUCACAAACCUUACGGUGGAAUUCUUGCUGAUGAUAUGGGAUUGGGGAAAACCCUUACGAUGAUUUCUUUACUUCUCAAGACCAAAGAAGAAAGGGAGAAUAAAGUUAUUGUUGAGGAAGAUGCAGAUAGUGAAGAAAGUGAUGGAAGUGAAAGCUCUUGGCUUUUAAAGAGAAGGAAGUGUGAAAAAGGAGGAACAUUAGUCAUUUGCCCAGCAAGUCUUCUUAAUCAGUGGGAAGGAGAAGUAAAUAAACGAGUUAAACAAGGUGUAAUAAACUUAGAGAUCUACCAUGGUACAUCUCGAGAAUCAAAACCUCAUCGACUUGCAAAACGUGACAUGGUAGUAACAACAUACAAUAUAGUCAGAUCAGAAGGAGGAGUUAUUUCCUGCCAGAAGGGAUCCAGUAGUGCUGUGGACCGUUCAAAGCAAGGCACUUUGUUUGGUGUUAAAUGGGAAAGAAUUAUCUUGGAUGAGGCCCACACAGUUCGCAACCACAAAAGCAAGACCUCCAUUGCAGUCUGUGCCUUGAAAUCCAAAUUCCGAUGGGCCCUCACAGGGACUCCAAUUCAUAACAAGGAGUUGGAUUUAUAUUCAUUGCUGAAAUUCCUGAGAUGUACACCCUUUGAUGAUUUAACUGUGUGGCGUCGAUGGGUCGAUAAUAAAAGUGCUGGAGGAAUGCAGCGAUUAAAUACUGUGAUGAAUUCUUUGAUGCUGCGUAGAACAAAAGAGCAACUUCAAAGCAAGGGAGCGCUUUCUUGCCUGCCAGAAAAGCAAAUAUAUGAGCUCACUGUAAAACUUGACAAAGAAGAGUUUGAAGUCUACCAAACAGUUCUAAACUUAUCUAGGACUUUGUUUGCCCAGUUCUUGGCACAGAAAAUAGAAAAGGAACAGAUGGUGGAAAUGAAAUUUGGUCAGUCGUGUAACCCCAUAUAUAUGCAAAAUGAGAAAUCGUUCCCAUAUGAGAUGAAUGACGAACUGAAAGCUAUGCACCAAAAAAUGAACAGCAUGGGUGACAUAAAGACAUUUCAUAUAUUGGUUCUGCUUCUCAGGUUACGGCAAAUAUGCUGUCAUCCAGGACUUAUUGAGAGUAUGCUAGACAAAGAAAGUUGUGAAAACGAUGGAAUAGAAGAUGAAACUGGACUAGAUGUUGACCUUCUUUCACAGCUUAGCAACAUGGGCCUUGAUGAUAGGAAAGAAAAAGAAUCAGUGGAUGCUGAUGGAUUAGUUAAAAGAAAAGUUCUAGUGCACAGUAACCCUGUUUUCAAGAAGGACAGACUCAGUUCUAAAAUGCGUGCCUUAUUCAUUGAGCUUGAAGAAAAGGUUAUGAACAAAGGUGACAAUGCUGUAAUUGUGUCCCAGUUUACUUCAGUGCUGGAAUUGGUGCAUCAACACCUGAAGACAAAUAAUGUCAAAUGCCUGGUGCUUACAGGAUCUGUACCAGUCAAAGAGCGCAUGGCCUUGGUGGAUCAGUUCAACAGUUCAUUGAAGAGACCCAUGAUUAUGCUGCUCUCUCUGACUGCUGGAGGUGUUGGUCUGAAUCUCAUUGGAGGGAAUCAUCUGUUUCUACUUGACCCCCACUGGAAUCCACAGCUGGAAGCUCAGGCAUUUGACAGAAUAUAUCGUGUCGGACAGAGAAAAUCUGUUCACAUAUACAAGUUCAUCUCUGAAGAUACGAUUGAGCAACAAAUUAAAAAACUGCAGACAAACAAAAUGGCUUUGGCCUCCAGUGUGUUAACAGGUACAAAGCAUCACAGAGCAAACAAACUUUCUUUGGAUGACCUCAAGAUGCUCUUCAACUUCCAUGCACCAAACUAAAUAGUCCCAGUCUGGGUAUACAGUUGUGAAAAUGCUUGAUGAUAUGCGUGAUAUGAUUAAAUGGAUUCAGCUGACCGUCUUUCAUUUUUGAGACUUUGAUGUUUUAUUUACUAUAUAUCAUCAUCCAUGCAAAGAACAGAGUGAAGUUAAAGAUUUGUAGUUGAGAUUGCCGUCUAAAUGCUCAGUUUACCACAACUUUCUGUUUUAGCAAGAACAUUAAUAUAAAGCAUAAUGCUGUGGUUUCAUUGUUCGUAUUCAGUCAGCAUGAAAAUUAGUGAUCGUAUGUAUAACAGAAGAAUUACAUUUUGUCUUUGCCAGGUAAAUAAGACAGUAUUGAUUCUC